AUGAGCAACCACUCUUCUAUAGCCCCUCCUUUGACUGCCAUUGAUAGAUUCUUAUGGGGUCAACGCAGCCAUAUCCCUCAAAACAUUGAUGAUGAAAAUUUUUGUAGCUUUGGUGCUUCAGCAUAUAGUUAUAUAUGGCCUAAUAACAAUAUCAUGACUCAAGAAGCUAGCUUUGUUGAUGAAGAUGUGAUGAAUUGGACACAUUCAUUGUGUGUGGAGAAAGAAGAUGUGAUCAAUGGAUUAGGAAAGGGUACAUCAAAAGUGGUGGCAAAAAGACCUAAGAAAGUUUCUUCUAUUUCUCUGAUCAAAGGACAGUGGAGUGAUGAAGAAGACAGGAAAUUGUUGACAUUGGUGAAGCAUUAUGGUGUAAGAAAAUGGUCUCAAAUAGCUGAGAAGAUGAAAGGAAGAGUUGGAAAGCAAUGUAGAGAGAGAUGGCAGAAUCAUCUUAGACCUAAUAUUAAAAAAGAUAGUUGGAGCGAGGAAGAAGAGAAGAUACUAGUAGAAAGUCAUGGCAAGAUGGGAAACCGUUGGGCUGAGAUAGCGAAGAAAAUUCCGGGAAGAACCGAGAAUGCUAUCAAGAAUCAUUGGAAUGCAACUAAGAGGAGACAAAAUUCAAAGAGAAAGAACAAAAGGCCUCAAACCAAAGAUGGUAAACCACAAUCUUCUAUUCUUCAAGACUAUAUCAAAACCUUGACUCAAAAACCAUCCAUGUCAACAAUCUCUGAUGACCCUUCCAUUGACGAAUCCCGCCUUGUUUUUUCUAACAUGUUUCAUGAAAAUUCAUCGUCACCACUCAUAACUGAAUCUUAUGAUGAUGAACUUCUCUUCAUGCAACAGCUUUUCAAGGUGAAUAAUACUGUUGAGCCUGUAUUUAACCAAUACUAUAAGAACCAAUCUGCCAAAAAUCAGAUUCUCUCUGAUGUUUCACCUAACAACAUGUAUCCUUACCUUUCUCCAAUGCUGAAUGGAAUUCAAAACGAGAAUAAUAUGGAGUUACAGUUUGGAAACAUGAAUCUUUCAGAUGGAAUGUUGGAGUUGGUUUCUUCUGCUCAGUUUUUCUAA